AUGCCUCCCAAGAAGGGUAAGGAGCCUGCGGCCAAGAAGGCCACUAAAACGGUCGAGGACCGAACUUUCGGUAUGAAAAAUAAGAAGGGAGGUGCUGCCCAGAGGGAAAUUUCACGCAUGCAGGCGAACCUGAAGAACAGUGGCUCGGCCGAGGAGAAGAAAAAACAGGCCGAGAGGGAGGCUCGUGAGCGUGAGAAGAAGGCGGCCGAAGAAGCCAAGAGGGAUCUAGAGGCUAUGAUGAACAAACCAGCACAAGUCCAGAAGGUGCCUUUUGGCGUUGACCCCAAGACAGUUGUUUGCAUCUUUUACAAGAAAGGCAACUGUGAGAAGGGCAAGAAGUGCAAGUUUUCACACGACCUUUCUGUUGAGCGUAAGACAGAAAAGAAGAACCUGUACAACGAUUCAAGGGGAGAGGAAGAGGAGAACAAGAAGGCCGAAACUUCAGCAGACUGGGACGAAGACAAAUUGCGAAGUGUCGUUUUGUCAAAGAAGGGCAACCAGCAAACCACAACCGACAAAGUGUGCAAAUACUUCAUCGAGGCUAUUGAGGACGGCAAGUAUGGUUGGUUCUGGAUUUGCCCUAACGGAGGAGAUAAGUGCAAAUAUAAGCAUGCGCUGCCACCUGGAUUCGUUCUGAAGACCAAAGAGCAAAGAGCAGCAGAAAAGGCGCUUAUGGACAAAUCACCACUCAAGACCCUCACACUCGAGGACUUCUUGGAGUCUGAGCGACACAAGUUGACCGGUACUCUUACGCCAGUCACUCCCGAGACUUUCGCCAAGUGGAAGAAGGAUCGCCUCGACAAGAAGGCAGCCGAGGAGCAAGCCCGCAAGGCCAAGGAGAACACUGGUCGUGCUCUGUUCGAGAGUGGCAAGUGGAGAGAUGAGGAUGACUCCGACGACGAUGACGAAGAUGACGAUGUCUGGAAUCUGCAGAAGCUUCGUGAAGAGACAGAGGCUGUGCGCUCCAAGAAGGAAGAGGAGCGUCUGCUGGCAAGCUAUGAUACUCCUAAUAAUGGCACCACGGGCCAGGCAACCCCAGCAGAGGAUACUCCAGCUGAGACAGCAACCGGAUCUUGA